AUGGACACCACUUCACAGCGAGGUGCCAGUACUUCUGUCGGCACGUCGCAGGAAGAGCGGGACCGCAAUGUGUUGCGUCUCGCUCCAGAAAAGAAGGCAUGGAUGCCUCCUAAAACUGUCAUGGAUCACUUGUCGGCGACGACGAGUGAUCGUUAUCGAACACGAAUGUUCGAUUCGUCAAGGAUCCAUCACCUUGACCCCAGCGCGAAAAACUAUCGCGCUGAACAUGAAUUCUUCAUCGAUGAUUUCUUUAAGCAUCAGUGGUAUAGUGGGAAUCACAAGCGUGAUGGUCCCUCACUACUUCAAGCGUGGAACGCCUACAUCCAUAACCUUGAGGAUGUAGGUCGUGACGCUUGGAACGACAAACUUAUCAAAGCUCGUGAUAAGCUUGAAAAGCGAACUCCGACAGGUGCACGCUACAAGCUGCAUCGUCUGUCAAGGGAAAAAGGAUUACCCUGCCUCUCUUGGGGAGACUCGUGCCCAUGUUGUGUGAACAACUCUGCACGAGCACCUAAGGAGGCUUACCUCCUUACCAGCCCGUGGUGGCGCGUACGUGUCUCUACUAAGAUGUACGAAGGGAUUGACAACCUGAAAUCCCUUUACGACCGUGUCGGGAAGACUUUCUCCGGAGGUCCUUCUGCGGCCAAGCAUGUGCCGCGUCGUACUGCUCAACCAGACUCAGUACGUCAACCAUCAUCUGGGAGCGGGGCUCCCAAGUAUCCCAGGACGGGGGAUAGCCGUGCCACCGGACGAGAUAACUCGUCCGACGUCCGUUCACGUCCCGGUGAUUCAACAGCUGCUCAACUAGAUAGCGCUGGCCACCGCGAGGGUCCUCUAGUGGAGGUGGAGGAGGAGGAAAGACGCUCUCCACACGAUCAAGUGGAUCCGUGUGUUCCCGAGAGCUUCUUUGAUCGCGUAACGCAAGGGUUACGCGGCAAUCUCGAACAUGAGCGGUACAGGCGUCUCCAAAUGGCGUAUACUGGCUUGAAGCAUCGAGCUGAGUUUGCCUUUGCUCAGCUUAAGAACUAG